AAACGGUUGAAAUCGACCACGAAUCCCUCGCUCAGCAUAAACAUUUUGUACGAAAAGGCCGUGGCUUUUAAGCGACGGUGUUUUUUAUUGGCUUUGUGACAUGAUCGUAUAAUUCUAGCGCUUAGCUGCAGUGUGACAAUGUUACUACACGAAAGUGCCAGCAUGGAACAAAGUGUGCCCGAGAAUCUCAGCACAAAUGUGUUUAACGACUGUGAAAUCAAGCUGCAAACACCAUGUCACGAUCCCAUGGAUUGUGAGAACGGUUCCAGCUCCAACAGUGAUUUGCCCACCAAAGAUUCAGUGUCGAGUCCCAGUGCCACAGCCCCCAAUGCAUCCCUCACCAGCAGCAAUGGCAGCUCCAAUAGCACCACAAACACAACCAAAGUGAAACUUAGUUUCAGUGUCGAUCGUUUGUUAAGCGCCGAGCGCGUCGAUCCUGUGCCCAUGCCAAACCCAACAUCCGCGCGACAAUGCUGUGAUGGCAGUGUCUAUGCCUGCUGCACAUUCUCCAGCUGCUCUGGACAGCAGACAGCGGAGGCUGCCAAGCACGCUUCAAUGUCUGCGCCACAAGGCCUAACAAAUCCACAUAACUAUAACUAUGCGGGAUUGGAUAAGUUCUAUUCGGGCAUAUAUAUGGAUUACAAGUCCGUGCUGAGACCGACGCCCAUUCGAGCAGCUGAUCAUGCAACAUUUCCGUCGCUGGCAACGAACGCAUUGAUGCGUUUCCAUCAACAGCAGCAGCAACAUCAUCAUCAUCAGCAGCAGCAGCAACAUAUUCAAACGCAACAGCAGCAACAGCAACAACAACAACAACAACAACACCAUAAGGCAACAACGUCGUCGUCGUCGGCUGCUGCGCUGCUGGCGCCAUUGAAUAGCCUCAAGACACUGCAGUUGACGCAGCAGCAACGUUUCAUGGCCAAAACGGCGCAUCAACAGUUGCUGGACAUUCCGACAGCGGCAACAGGUGUUGCAAGCACAUUACAAAAUGGCGGCCACAGCAAUAACAGUAGCAGCAUCAACAACAACAACAACAACAACACCGGCAUUAGCAACAACAACCACAGCAGCAACAACAGCAAUGGCAAACGGAAACGUUCGUGGUCGCGAGCCGUGUUCACAAAUCUGCAGCGAAAAGGACUCGAGAUACAAUUCCAGCAGCAGAAAUACAUAACCAAGCCGGAUCGACGCAAAUUGGCAGCACGACUGAAUCUGACAGAUGCUCAGGUCAAAGUGUGGUUCCAGAAUCGGCGCAUGAAAUGGCGUCACACGCGUGAGAAUCUAAAAAGCGGACAAGAGAAGCAGCCACAGUCACAGGGGCCGAUGGGGUCCAGCAAUAGCGCGACGAAGCCAUUGCUGCUUCCAUCCGCAGCUGGAGCUGGAGCAAGGCCACACGAGCUAUUGGACUACAGCUCCGACAGUUGUUCCAGCGUGGAGCUCAGCGAACGAGCCGACGACGACGAUAACAUUGAAAUCGAUGUAGUUGAAUAGCCACAAGUCAAUAUAUAAGUAUGUCUAUUAAUUAGUAUAUAUAUAUAGAGAUUGUC